UAUUUGACAGUUUCUCCUCUGAAGGGAGAGUGCUUCUCUUCGAGGGAGAGAGUGACCACCUUAUUCCCUCAACAAGUCAAGAGCUCCUGGAGGGUGAUUUAUUUGUGACUACAGGAAAGAUGGUUGGUCAUUCAUUCUUGAAUGGAGGCCCAUGUCUCACUGGCCUAAGCACAGCAAUCAUCCAUGUACUUUUUGGCAGCAGUCCAGAGAUGGCAACCAUAUCCCUGUCAGACUGUGUGGAUCAGGAUGACUUGGCACUGUUGGAAGGAACCAAGGACCUGUCAGAAGAAGACAAAUCCCAGAUUCUCUCUGUGACACUGCCCUGGGACCUGCCUGGUGUCACACUGAACAACAGGUGGUGGCUGAGGGAGAAAAUACUGCUCCAUGCUGUUCUUGGACGGACGACCCAGCAGGUUAAACAAAUCCGACGAGGCCUGAAAGACACGGGUGUCUGGGAGUUUUUUAGCUCCAGGCCAGAUGCUGUGCAAGUCCUAUUCCCAAGGGCCUGCAAUGCAGAGAUCACACCACAAAUGAUUCUGGACAAUAUCAACUGGCCAAGGGACCAGGACAUCGAUGAGGACAUCGUCAGCCUGGAGGACCAUUGCAGAGUAAUGACCUUCCUCCGGAAAUUUAUAGAGGAUGGUACGUUGCCUUUGUUCUGGAGUAAGACUCGCUCCUAUGUAGUGUUUGAGUGUCAGUGUGUGUGUGUAUCGAAUUUGUUUCCCGUGUGUAUUUUUGUAAGGUACUCCGGAAGUCCUGAAGACUUGCUCAUAUUUUCCUCGAACUUGGAGGUGGAAAUCAUCAAUUGUUCCCUACCACAGUCAUCAACUUGUUUUUUGACUCUGAAGCUGUCAAAGAAUACAACAAACUAUGAAAAAAAAUGUCAAGACCUGAUGGCAAGCAUAUCCUCCUCCUACUCUGGAUUCGGUCAGAUUUGAGCACUGAUACAGACACGUCAAUCUGUCAGAUUUGAGCACCGAUGGAGACAAAGGUACAGAUCUCAUUUAGUUGUAUUUGUUCAAAGCACUGGUAGAGACACCGACAAAUCAUUCUCUUCAUUUAGUUGUAUGGGGUCACAAUAUUCAUAGGUUAAGACAGAAACUUGUUAAUCCCAGAACCCCCAACAUUUGAUGUGCAUUGUUUUUGAUUCCGCCGUUGUUAACUAAAUGUUUUGAUGGAUACCAGACCACUCUGUGUGAGGCACCUUGCUUGUGCAUGCAUGCUCACAAGGCAUAAUUGUUAAUAA